GCAGCAAAAGGAUCCGGAUGUGACGUAAGUGCGUUGACGCGAGUGACACCGUUCAAGAUGGCGGCGGUGGCGUCCUUGAUGCUGAAGUCAAGAGCGGGUUUGUUGGCGCCUCAUCAGUCCUUUGUGCUGGACUCUGUGAGGUUUGCGUCCAAGAAGGCUGGUGGUAGCUGUAAGAACAUUGGCGGAAAGAGCCCCGGUCGGAGAUAUGGCUUCAAGAAACAGGAUGGAAACUUUGUCCAUGCCGGUAACAUCCUUGCAACUCAGAGGGGGAUGAGGUAUCACCCAGGAGCACAUGUGGGGUUGGGAACCAACAAGACGCUGUUUGCUCUGGAGGACGGCCACGUCAGUUUCACCAAGGAGGUGUACGUCCCCGCGCCGCGCAGCCAGCAGUCCACGCGGGUCAUCACCAAACUGCCCAAAGGAGCUGUGCUCUACAAGACCUUCAUCAACGUCCUGCCACUCAAACAGGAGGGCAAGUUUAAACUGGUGGACCUGGUCUAAAACUGACCAGACUGGACUGGACUGAGCCGGAAUGUGCCGGAAUGUCAGUCAGGGUUGAAGAGGAUCACAUGCUUCCUGGAGGGCUUUGGCAGCUCGGGCUUCUGUCUUUGACUGAUAUUAGUGAUCGUUUUGUUUUUUUAUGCAGAGACGAUGACUGUAAUGCUGAAUGAAAACCGCUGACUCAACCCAUGGCUGCCUGUGCAACAGUUACAGUAUUUAACAGAAUUGUCGCACACAAACUGACAAUUGAUUUGAGCAAAACUUAACUGAAUCAAAAGAACAAAAACAAAACAUUUUGUUUUUAGGUUUUACAGAUAUUUUUUUUUCAACUUACAUCUACUAGGAGACUCCUUCAUACCAGCAGUAAUAGAAUUCCAGUAUAGUGCAUGGUAUUGGUGAAACCCUAAUGCUCCACACACUUGCUUGUACUUCACCCAGGUACCGGCCGCCUUGUGUCAAACAACAGAACAAUCUGUGUGUUUAUUCGAGUGGAUUGUUUGUCAGUCAUUGCUCUUCUGAUUUGAUUAAAUUUACUGUAUUGGAUAAUAAAGUUUUAUUUGUGUAA